AUGCUGUUACUCUACUCUGAAAGCAUUAAAAAAAAAAAUCUGGGGGCCAGCGUGAGCACCCUGCAGCGCCUGGUGGAGCAGCUCAAGCUGGAGGCCGGCGUGGAGAGGAUCAAGGUCUCUCAGGCGGCUGCAGAGCUUCAACAGUACUGCAUGCAGAAUGGCUGCAACGAAGCCCUGCUGGUAGGUGUUCCAGCCAGAAGCAACCUCUUUCGGGAGCCCAGAUCCUGUGCUUUACUCUGAAGACUGUAGGGAAGAAGUCCACUGAGGAAUGCUUUCAAGCACCAAGUGAUGAAUGACUGCCUCCAAAUCUCAUGAACACACUUCUCCAGCCAAAUGACUUUUAGAUAUUUCACAGGACCUUUCCUGUGGCCUGGUCCUUUAGCCAAAAUUCUACAGAAAUUUAUGAGUUUCUACUCAAGGAAACUGGGUGAAGGAGUAGAUUUUAAAUAAUAAUGGCCUGGUUCU